UUCACCGACAGCGAGCGGGGCUAACGAAUAUUGUUCUCGAACUAUUUGACUGGUUCCAGACGUGGUCAUUUGGUUUGACGUGAAGCACAUUGUCUAGACGAUUUUAGGGAACGUUUUUUUCGGUUCUGUCUGCUUGAACUUAAUUUUUAUAUACUUACCUUUUGUGACACCCAAUAGCCGAUGUGUAUUUUUGUGCUAGGGUGUCGUUAAACAUCAUUCAUUCUCAUCCAUUGUCCAAGCAACAAACGAUUCGCUAAUGUUCUCGAACUAUUUGAUUGGUUCCCGACGUGGACAUUUGGUUUAAAGUGAAACAUAUAGUCUACACGAGUCUAGCGAACGUGUUUCUUCUUUCUUUGGUUGAACUCAACGCAGUCUAAGUUUAGCCAACCGCUUUUCGCCAAACGUAUGCAAACUGACUUGACUGGUUCUUGACAUGGUUAUCCGGUUUAAUGUGUAACUUAAAAGUCAGUCUAGCGAGAACAUAAAGCUGCGUUCAUAAGAAGUCGUGAAUAUCAUAUUUUCCAAUUCACAAGGCGUGAAGAGCGUUCGUUUGGCGAAAUAACCCGUGAACACAACUUCUGAACUGGGAUGGGAUUUUCUUUCUUAAUCUUCUGUCUUAAUUCAUGAUAUUCAUGAGUACCAAAUGAACGCAGCAUAACAUCAUCGUGCAGGUCUCCAGAAAAAUGAUCUAGAAGAAAAACAACAACAACAACUACAACGACAUCAAGACAAAAAAAAAAAGACAAAAAAAGACAAAAAAGAAAGAAAGAAAAGCAGAAGUUGGCUAGAAACGGAUGAGUGAACUUGAGACAAGUACAACCAGAAAAAUCUAGGAGAAAAAGAAAAAGAACAACUACAACAACAUCAAGAAAAAAAAAGAAGAAAGAAAGAAAGAAAUACCGAAAAAGAGAAGAAGUUAGCUACAAACGUCUGACUGGACUUGGGACAGGUAACACACAAGCCAAACGUGUCUUCACACAAAUGAUUUAUUCUAUGUAGCAGAUUCAAGAUGGAGGUUAUUUCGUAUGUUUCCACGUCAGUUCACUAUCUUAUCAUCCUGUUUAUGCUUUUCUGCCAAACUAAAGCCGUCCCCACUCAGCCAUGCGCUCGUAUUGUACCCUACUCAUACGUCGCCUGCUAUAACGAUUUCGACGUCACGAAAUUCGACUUGUACAACGUCAGCAGAAAGCAGUUCCACGACUGCGCGAACGACUGCGCAGUAGACCCGAUUUGCUCGUCGUUUCUUUCCGAUAGCCGCCAUGACACGUGUUCCCACUAUCGUCCAAAAUCUACGAACAGCGAUUCAUCCCCCGAACAGAGGACAUAUCUCAAGUACGAGACACAAGAUAAAUGCAUUUCUGAACCGGAAAUAGAAUGUUGUAGCAACGUUGACGGAAGUGGAAUGUACACUGGGAGAAAAGUGACAACCAAAUCGGGACUGGCGUGCCAGAGGUGGGACCAGAACAGUCCUCAAGUCAACGCUUACACCAACCCAGCCAUCUACCCAGAAUCGUCCCUCCAAGCCGCAGAGAACUUUUGCCUGGCACUGGACCAUCCCGAGCCCUGGUGCUACACCAUGGACCCAGCCAUCAAGUGGCAGUCGUGUGGAAUUACUCGCUGCGUAACUAACUAAACAGAGAAUGUCAGUCGUUCACAAAGUGUAUUCUACACCAAUUAUUAAAUCAAAGUGUAUAUGUAAUAUAUACACCUAUAUAUUUUCAGUUUAUAUAUUAUAUACAAUUUCCAACCUAUAACAUGACUGUAAGGUAGUGAUAUCAACCCUGGCUCUACCAAAUUAGUUUCUGGGAUUAAUAAACUUUAUAUAAAAAUUUCAGUGUACUCUAGUGGUGUAAUUAAACUAAGACUAUAUGUCAGAAUUACCAAAUGUUUGACAUCCAAUAGCUGGUGAUUAAUAAAUUAAUGUGCUCUAGUGGUUUCGUUAAACAAAAGAAACUUUAACAAACUUUUGUACCAAAAUAGAAAGUUCCAUGUCAAAGUUCGACUUGCACCGUCAAAUAAUUACGGAGUAAACAUAGUUGCGGUUUCGAUUAGUAGUAAUAUAUGACAUUGCAGUAUAAACCAGAGGUUGAAACCAGUGCAGGGUUUCCCCAAAAAUGGAACUGCGAUUUUUAGCAAAAAUUAGGGUUGUUAUUAAAAACAUUAACUAAAUCUCUUAAAUUGUAUGCGACCUCCCAUUUUCUUGCAGGUAGAUUAAAUGUGAGGUCCCACAGUACGAAUUGAUUUGGUUCAUUGUAACCUUUACCUAUGUGGUGAUAUGGAUUCAAAUGGUUGUCCAAGACACAGAAUGUUUACCUAUAUGAUGGUACAGAUUCAAAUGGUUAUCCAAGACACACAGAAUGGUUACCUAUAUGAUGGUACAGAUUCAAAUGGUUGUCCAAGACACACAAAAUGUUUACCUAUAUGAUGGAACAGAUUCAAAUGGUUGUUCAAGACACACAAAAUGUUUACCUAUAUGAUGGAACAGAAAAAAUGGUUGUCCAAGACUCAAAAUGUUUUCAUAUAUGAUGGUAUAGAUUCACACACAAAAUGUUUUUGUUUAUUUAUUUAUUUAUUUAUUUUUUAAACGCCACACACAUUUAUGAUUUAACACAGACAAUGAUAUUUUUGUUUUGUUUUUUGGACAUUACAAACAUGGAUGAUGAUGAGAUGAAUGGUGACGCAGCAAUAUUUCGAUUUCAGUAUGGGACUACUUGACAGGGCCGUGCUUCACGCUUGCUGUCAGUUGGGCUAUCUCGGUAUCACCCGA